AUGGCGAGCCAUCACCCAUCGCCUCCAGGAGGUAUGCAAAUGCAUCAUGGUCCUCCUGGUGGUCCUCCACCUCCAAGUAUGGGACCUCAACAACAGGGCCCGUUCCCGGUGCCAGCUGCGCAGCAACUGGCAAGCAUGAACGAAGCGGUGUGGCUACAAAUUGGGAGCUUCUCCGAAUUACUAGGACAUCUUGAUGAAGCGAUUGGAGCUUACGAACAUGCUUUACGAUCGAAUCCUCGCUCUAUCCCAGCUAUGAAUGCGAUCAGCUGCAUUCUCAGAACACAAGAACAAUUCCACAAGGCCGUCGAAUAUCUUCAAAACAUACUCAAGCUAGAUGGCAAUAAUGGCGAUGUUUGGGGUAGUCUUGGCCACUGCUAUCUGAUGAUGGAUGAUCUCCAGCAGGCAUAUUCUGCUUAUCAACAAGCACUAUACCAUUUGAGAGACCCUAAGGAACCAAAAUUGUGGUACGGGAUCGGAAUCCUCUAUGAUCGUUACGGAUCAUUGGAACACGCCGAGGAAGCUUUCUCGCAAGUCAUGCGCAUGCAGCCAGAUUUUGAGAAAGCCAAUGAGAUCUAUUUCCGCCUUGGUAUAAUCUACAAGCAGCAACAGAAAUACCAACAAAGUCUUGAGUGCUUCCGAUAUAUUGUAUCGGUUCCACCCACCCCACUGACCGAGGAGGAUAUUUGGUUCCAGAUUGGUCAUGUUCAUGAGCAACAGAAAGACUACGAUAAUGCAAAGUCAGCCUAUGUACGAGUACUCGACCGGGAUCCGAAUCAUGCAAAGGUUCUUCAACAGCUUGGAUGGUUGCAUCAUCAACAGAGUAACAGCUUCACAAGUCAGGAGCGUGCCAUUGAGUACCUCGAGAAAUCCGUCAAUUCAGACCAAGCUGAUGCACAGAGCUGGUACUUACUUGGCCGAUGCUACAUGUCACAGCAGAAAUACCCAAAAGCAUAUGAAGCCUAUCAGCAAGCAGUAUAUCGUGACGGUCGGAAUCCAACUUUCUGGUGCUCGAUUGGCGUUCUGUAUUACCAGAUCAACCAGUACCGAGAUGCGCUCGAUGCUUACUCCCGUGCGAUACGCCUGAACCCGUACAUCUCCGAAGUCUGGUACGACUUGGGUACUUUGUACGAAUCUUGCAACAAUCAGAUCAACGAUGCUUUGGAUGCGUAUCAACGUGCUGCCGAGCUCGAUCCAACAAACAUCCAUAUCAAAGCUCGCUUACAGCUGCUACGUAAUGGUCAGAGCAGUGGUGUACCCAUUCAAACCAGUGCUCCGCUUCCUCAAGACGUUCAUCCACAAGCAUACCAAGCCACAGGUGCCGUCGGUCCUCCAGGUCCUCAAUGGGGAAACUCGGCUCCUCAAGCACAAGCAUCAGGCCCUCCAAACCCUACCAAUGGUUGGGGUGGAAGUCGUCUGGCUGAAAUCAACCCGCCACCUCAACCAGCGAACCCAUAUGACCAAAGGGAUCCUGCUCGUGGCCCUGGCCCAAUUCCACCUCUCGCUCGUGGACCUAGCCCAAGACAAGAGCAACAGAUGCGUCCAUAUCCUGGCCCAGGUCCAGGAGCUGAUCGAGGACCUCCCGGACCGCCUGGAGGAUUGGCUAGCAUAGCUGGCCCGGGUCCUGGCCUUGGUCCAAAUGGACCUGGCCAAUCAGGACCUCCUCCAUUGUCUCGUCGUACUCCUCCACGUGAGCAUCACCCCUUGGGACCGUAUCCAGGUCAGGGCCCUCCCCCACCUCCCCCACAGCAACAGCAGCAGCAACAGCAGCCGCCUCCUCAACAACAACAAGGCCCUCCUCCACCGCAGCCACCUCCACGGGUCGCCAAUCCAAAUUACAAUGGUCCUGGUGGUCCCGGUUCGUCCACUCUGCCACCAGCUCCGAAUCAGAUGAACGGCGCUGGCCCGGGGCCUCACCCACCAUUUGGUCGAGGCAAUAGUCCUCGCGCUGAAGUCCGACCGAUUCUUGAGAAUAGUAGAAUGCCAUCUCCAAAGACUGGUUAUCCACAUCCACAAUCGUACCAGCAACACCAUCCUGAUAUUUCUAACCCAGGAGGUAUUGAAGGUGGCGCCCCACCGCCACCAUCUGCUAUGGCGGCUCAAGAAGCUGCUGCAGAUCGCAGCAGUGAUAGACCUGCUUCUGUUGGCCCGAAGCGGAUGCGUGAGUGGGAAGAUGAGCAACCAUCGAUGAAAAAGCCUGCUUCUGAAGAAGAAAGAGCUCGCAUGGAUAACAUGCACCACCGAAGGCCAUCGACGCCACCCCGCGAGCCAUUCCGUCGCAAUUCCUCCGAAAUUCGUCGUGCCGAUGAUCAACGACGGAUGGAGGAUCAACGUCGCGCUGAAGAUCAGAGAAGAAUGGAAGACCAGCGUCGGGAGGAUCAACGCCGAGCAAACGAGAACUAUCACCCGUCAGAUGCAGCACACCACCCUCCUGCUCCACAUGCUUUACCUCAAGCUCACCUUCCAUCAAUGCAAGGUGGACCCUCAGCCGCCCAUACACCACGAACUCCUGUUCAGGAGCUUCCUCCUCCUCCUGCCCCACCAGCAAUUAAGGACUAUGGAGCCGAAGAGCGCGAACGUGAGAGAGAACGGAUGGAACGUCCGCCACCUCCAACAUCGCAAGCCCCUCCUCCACCCGUUGGUGAACCCGAACGAGCAUCAAGGAAGAUGGACAUCGAUGAGGAUUACGAUGAUUCGGGAGAGGAGGACAAGAAAGGUGGAAUUGUUUCUGGUUCCGGUUCCGGCCCAGCUUCUACCUCAGGUGAAGUGAAGGCAACUUCGCCUGCUGUUGUUAAUGGUCACGGCACAAAUGGUGUCGUCAAUGGAGGUCCCAAGGUCGAGGCUUCCGCUUAA